GUGCGUUAAUAUGGCUGAGAGAGAAGAAGAGAAUGCCAAGAACAUAAUGGAUUUAUUUCAGCCUGGAGCAGUUGUCAGGAUGUGUGCUCCGAUGGUACGCUACUCCAAACUCCCCUUUCGUAAACUGGUCAGAAGAUACGGCACACAGGUAGCCUUUACUCCAAUGAUCGUCUCAGAGUCUUUCGUACGAUCACAGAAAUCACGUGACGUCGAGUUCACGACUGAUCCUCUGGAUGACAGACCUUUAGUGGCUCAAUUUGCUGCUAAUAAUGUAGAGGACUUCUCUCGGGCAUCGCAGCUAGUUUCACCGUUUGUAGAUGCUGUUGAUUUAAACUGUGGUUGUCCACAGCGGUGGGCAAUGGAAGAGGGUUAUGGGUCUUACCUCAUUACUCGUCCAGAGCUAGUCUGUGAUAUGGUACGAGGGGCAAAGAGGGUUACUGGGAUUCCGGUUUCUAUUAAAAUACGAAUACAUGAAGAUUUAAGGGAAACAGUUGAGCUAGCCAGAAGAUGUGAGGCGAUUGGUCUCUCUUGGCUAACAGUCCACGGCCGUACAGUCAAGCAGAGAGCAGAGCCAGUCAACCUCAGUGCCAUUAAACUAAUCAAAGAGAGUGUGCAUAUACCGGUCAUUGCUAAUGGAGACAUGAGAAAUGAGAGUGACAUUAAUCGAACUGUACAAGAGACUGGGGUAGAUGGUGUGAUGGCUGCAAGGGGUAUGCUCCAAAACCCAGCAAUGUUUGGUGGGUAUGAUGAGACUCCUAUUGAGUGCUUGGAGGACUGGGUUGAUAUUUCGUUGAGGUCCGGUCUCACUUUCACCUCAUUUCAUCAUCACUGCAUGUAUAUGCUUGAGAGGGUCCAAGCUAAGACUGAGCGGAGGGUUUUCAACACAUUAAACAGCACUCCUGCUGUGUUAGAGUUUUUGAAGCAUCACUAUAACAUCCAGCAUAAAUAAUUGACAGAGGAUUAAAUUUUUAAAAUUAUUCUUAUUAUUAUCA